AAUGACAAAUCAGCGAUUUUCUUGCGGAUUAGAUUUGUGCUGUGCUGUAAAUUUACAUGAUUGUAUAACUUAUGCAGCUGAAUCAAGGUAUGAAUUUAUUUGCGUCCCUUUGGUGCAUCCUUUAUUUAAAAGAGAAUUUAUUUCUGGACCUGCCAAAAAUCGUCCAGGACCACUUACUAGGCCUGAUUUAGUUUUAAGCAGUGCAGAUUGGAAUAAUAGAAUAAUUGGGAAGUUUUCACCACUUGUCAAUGUUGAUUCGACCAAUCCAGUUAUUAGAAAAAAUAGCGAAGAAUCUUUGAAUCAGGAAUUAAGUUUAGCUAGCCAUUUUGGUUUGUCAACGGUGAUGUUUAAAUUAAAAUAUGGGAUAAACAAAAAUAUCAAUCUUGCAAGAAUAAUUUCUGAUAAAAUGGCAAACAACAAUCUUCAGGUAUGGGUAGAAGUUCCUAUGGAAAAUCCAAUUAGACAAACCUAUUCUUAUAGAACAGAAGAUUAUCCAGAAGACGAGAAUCCAUGGGAAUGGUGGAAUUCUUUUAGAGCAAUAUGUGAUUAUAAUAGAAAAUUAGGAAUUGCAUUAAUUGUCAGUCAUGACUUGCCUGAAGAAGAAGAGAUUGAAAGGUGGCUCGGAGAACCAGUCAGAUGUUUAAUUUUACCGACGACGUUAUUUCUAACUAAUAAAAAGGGAUAUCCAGUACUAAGUAAAGCACAUCAAGCAUUAGUAAAAAAAUUUGCUGUACUAGAAAUGCAAUUUAUUGUAACAGGCGCAUCACGUUAUCAAAGUAUUAGUUAUUAUCACAACUAUCUUGAUUAUCUAUGGAGGGGAUGCCAGAAUGAUGGAACAGUGGAGAAAUUUGCUCGAGGAUUUGAGGACUAUCUACAAUGCCCAUUACAGCCUUUAAUGGAUAAUCUCGAAUCACAAACUUAUGAAGUAUUUGAGAAAGAUCCCGUAAAGUAUCGAGAAUAUCAGAGUGCUAUAUACGAAGCUAUUAACGCAAUAACACACAAAAUGCAAGAAGAAAGAAUGAUAGUCAUUAUGGUAGUUGGUGCUGGUAGAGGACCGCUUGUAACUGCAUCUCUAAAUGCUGCAAAAAUGGCAUAUAAGGAAGUGAAGGUAUAUGCAGUGGAGAAGAAUCCCAAUGCCGUAAUAACUUUACAAGCCCUUCAAAGAGAUAUGUGGAAAGAAAAAGUUACAGUGGUAUCAUGCGAUAUGAGAGAAUGGAAUCCUCCGGAAAAAGCUGACAUAAUUGUGUCCGAAUUACUCGGAUCUUUUGGCGAUAAUGAAUUGUCUCCAGAAUGUCUAGAUAAUGUUGUUAAGUUUUUAAGAGAUGACGGAAUUAACAUACCACAAUCAUACACUUCGUACAUAGCUCCUAUGCAAUCUUCUAAAUUGUACAAUGAAGUGAGACAACUUCGAGAUAAGGAUAAACAUCCGUUAUCUCAUUUUGAAACUUUAUACGUGGUACAUCUUCAAAAUAAAUACGAUAUAGCAAACCCGAAAUCACUUUUUACAUUUAAUCAUCCAAAUAUAGACGCUGUUACCGACAAUUCGAGAUAUGAAACCAAAACUUUUGAAGUGGAACAGAAUUGUGUAUUACACGGGUUUUCAGGAUACUUUACAGCAAUUUUAUAUGGAAAUAUCACAUUAAGCAUAGAACCUAGCACAUAUAGCUCAGAUAUGUUUAGUUGGUUCCCAAUCUUUUUUCCACUUAAGGAACCAAUAUAUUUAAAGGCAGGAGAUCAAAUAGUGGUCCAUUUCUGGCGCAGAUGUAAUUCUAAGAAAGUAUGGUAUGAAUGGUGUCUCAGUAAACCCAUCCCAGUUGCAAUCCACAAUACAACUGGACGUUCUUCCAUUAUCGGAUUAUAA